AUGCCGCACCAGGCGUGCGAAGGCGGUGGUGAUGGAGGCGCAGACCUGAAUGAGGCGAAAAAAGAAAGACGACGACGCCGUCAGAAGAUGUGGGAUGGAGAUGAGGAGAGAAAAGAGGUGUUGUUGAGAAGAGUGGGUGGCGUGAGAGUGAGUGUAGGAGGGAGGGAGGAGGCAGUGUGGGAGGAGUGUUUUGACUUGGUGGCCGGGGGCCCGCGCCCCCUCGCAGCAGGCCUUGGGGAGCUACACGGCCGCACCACCACAACAACAUCAUUUAGAAGGCCUCGCGUGCGCGGCCUGAAGGCAUCACCAAGGCGAGGGGAGCAACAUACUGCUGUACGCACAACGCCACCCCACCGUAAUUUUGGAAAGCCGCAGCAGUGUGCGGAGAGCACUCAGUUUUACCUGGGCUGGACGUGGGGCGCUGAAACAUUCGGAAGUCGUGGCAACAAGGCCACGCCCAGGCGACCUCCUUCACCGACAGUGGACUACAACACCACAAGCAGUAGGAUAAAGCUGCUAACCAUGAGCACGCCAGCUUAG